AUGUCAGAUGAUUUGCAGACCGGAAUGAGGCAGCACAUGACCUUUGGUUCUUUAAUAUAUAACAAAUAUUCAAAAAGUCUUGGCUUUUUAAGCAACAGUUAUCGGGCUUCUGAGGUGUAUGUGAGGUCUACUGACUAUAACAGAACAAUAAUUAGCGCAAUAUCAAAUUUAAUUGGUGCAUUUUACAAUCAAAGCGUACAGCCUAGAUCAGAUUACCCUGAUUCUGCGGAAACGCCGAGGUGGCCACCAGGAUAUGUGCCAAUACCUAUACAUACAGUUUACAGGUCCAAUGAUCCGUAUGCCGAUGUUCCAUAUACAAGCUGUAAGCGAAAGACUUGGCUUCAAAAUCUUGCUGUAAAUUCACCGGAGGUUACGCAGAUUUUGGAACAGAAUAAAGACUUGUACAAUAAAACUCAAGUUUUUGACGCUGGCUUGUUCAAUGAAUUAAAAGGGCUUGACAUUUAUGCAGAAACAAUCAAAUCUGGUUUUCUUAGCUCUCCUAUUAUUCAAGGUUUAGACUUAAGCAUUGAGCUGCCUAAAAUCAGAGGUGGACCCUUGCUUUGGCAUCUCAUUCAAAACAUGGAGGAGAAGGUGGAUUUAAUUUUGAUGCUAAUUAAACCUUAA